AUCAUCAGCACAGAAAGAGGUGGUGGGGAUAAWAAAAAAAAAAGUAAAUCUCAGCUCGGGAUUACAGAUGUGAAGAUUUCUGGUGAACGGAAGCGUCUGAAGAAGUAAAGUGAUUGAGGGGAGCGUGCCUGCCUUACGUAACUGGGCUUUGUGGAGGGACUGGCACACAGUCUCAGACCUGUUCAACCAAACCGAGGAAACACAGGUGCAGAGAAGAACGCAGUUUGUUCACUCAUCAUAGCCAUGGAGGACCCUGCCUCCUGUAGCCACUGAGCAGAGUGAAAUGAAUGAGGGAUGCAGGCAGGGAGGAGGGGCGGUGGAGGCUGAAGCCAUCCUCCACACAGUGAACCCUGACCUGGUCACACUCUCUGACAAGAACAGGAACCUAUGUACAGAUUUCGUCCAAGGAUUCCUGCGCGACGAUCCAGAUUUCAGCCCCCCUCCCGUGUUCGAGAAGGAAUACCUGCUCGAUGGGAGACCGAUGGAGAAUAACUGCUUCGGUCAUCCAAAAGGCGACGGCUCCUACGUCUCAACGGCUGAUCGGCUUUACCUGUCUAGUAACGCCGGGAGUUCCGAUGACCCCCCGCUUUCUGACUCUGCCGUCUACAAUCACAUUGCUGGGGUGCAACAAAACUGUACGAGGGGUGAAAUCCACAACGGAGCCAGAGAGGCCAUGUCGUUCAGCGCAGAUUCUCCCACUGGCGGUGAAGGCAAACAGGAGGUGGAUAGGUCCGGUUUAAAACCAGAGCUCAGAGCUGAGAAUGCACAGCCAAAACCAGAACCUGAUUUAGUCAUCGAGGUUGGUGGACAGACCAUCAACGCUCACAAGUCCGUCUUGGCGGAAAAGAGCGAUUACUUUAAAGCAAGGCUGUCCCGCAAUGUCCUGAAAGUUAAGGGCGUGAGUUACAAAACUCUGUCGACACUGAUAGACUAUAUUUACACCUCACAGCUCACUGUUGGCAAGGAAAAUGUGGUUGACGUCAUCACGGGGGCUAAAAUCCUGCAGAUCCCCUGUGCCGUCCAGGCAGCCAUGGACUCCAUGUCUGAGCAGAUCACUGCCGAGAACUGCUACGAGAUUCUGACCAUCGCCAAGAAGCAGCGACUCAGCGAGCUGAAGGAGACGGCGUACGGGUUCCUGAGCGACAACUUCCUCCAGAUCCUCAAAGACCCUUCUGUCUACGGACGCCUGACUGGGUCCGAAAGAGAUCUGAUCUUGAAGAAGAGGAUGGACGGGAGGAAGACUCUGAUGGUGGCCGAGGUAAACGACGUGUUCGAUCGAGUCGGAAGUCGGCCACCGAGUCGUUGUGGCAGCCGACCUCAGAGUCCCUUGUCCGGUGGGUCUUUGGAGGAGAACAAUAUGAUUUACCUCUUCAGUGAAGCAGAAAACGACUGGCGACCUCUGACUGUGAUGCCUGAAGACACCAAAGGAUGCGGGAUCUGCACCAUGUUUAACUACCUGUUUGUGGCAGGAGGGAUAAAGGGCUACGGGGACAAGGGCAAAGUCUCAGAGAAGGUCUUCUGUUACAACCCCAUAACCAACCGUUGGGCUGAGAUCAGACCGAUGAACCAGGCCCGAGCCCAGCUGAAGCUCGUAUCUAUGGACGGCUACCUGUACGCCAUCGGGGGCGAAUGUCUGUUCACGGUAGAGAAAUACGACCCUCGAAUGGACCGCUGGACAACGGUGGCUCCUUUACCUAAGGGAGCCUUUGCAGUGGCCCACGAAGCCACCACCUGCAGCGGAGAGCUCUACGUUUCAGGCGGCUCCCUUUUCUUCCGCCUCCUCAAGUACGACCCCAAGAGGGACGAGUGGCAGGAGUGUCCCUACAACAACAGCAGGAAGAAGUCCUCCGACAUGGUGGCGCUGAAGAGCUUCAUCUACCGCUUCGACGUGAACCGGGAGCAGGGCAUCAACGUCUUCAAGUACAACACCAUAGUGAAAAUGUGGCACGACUGCGCUUCCCAGAGGCUAGGAAGUCAUUUACCCUUCAGGUGUGCCAUUAUGGGGAACUGCAUCUACUGCGUGAACAAAAGCCAGACUCUUCAGUUCGUGGUGGAGGAGGAGAGCGCCUACUUUGUGGAGGAACCCUUGAAGGCACCUCUAGAGGCAAAGGGUGUCCUUUUCCCUUUUGUGCUUAUUUUGUCUGAAAAGCCUGAAAAGGUCACAUAGUGUGUGUGAGACUGUGUGUGUGUGUGUGAUUCAGAAUACCAUAAUUGUGAUUUAGUAAAACUGCAAUAAGUAGAAGACCUUAUACAUUCUUCAAUGUCAGCUUUCUUUCUCGGUGUGUCAUUGCCUGCUUUCAGUGGAAUGUGUGUAUUUGCACGGCUAUUUAAUGCAUCUACAGACUGAAGCCUUAAAAGACAACUUUUUUUAACAAUACGACAGUAUUUGUAUGCGUCUGUAGAAAAUGACAUGAUGAAAGUGAUCCAUUUUUUUUAGGUUAGCGUUUGUUCGGUGCACUUUUUGUAUUUAGAAUAGAAACUAUUCAGAAUAUAUGAACUGGAUGUUUUUGUUACGUUGGUAACAAAGAUGAAAAUGAUUUAAAAUAAGAAGUUAUGGUGAGCAUUAUGAAUGAUGCAACACAGGCUUUAUGCAAAUGARUGAGAGGGGACAAAAGAUGGAUCAUCUAUAAAACUGGACUAUCUUGGCUGUGUGUUCAAAUCCCAGUUAAAAACCUAAUUUAGACAAUAAGCACAUUAAAAUAGAUGACAUAUUUUUUACAUUCCUAACAUGAYAUUUUGCUUAGAUUAAACAGUAAUGAGUCAACAGGUCAUACAUUUAGCACAUUUUCCAAAGGGAUUAUAUUUCAAACUAAAACAUGACGUCUGUGACCCAAACUGUUAAACAUUCAUAGCAUGAGAAAAACCUAAAACUCUGUUUUGUAUGAGGAGGAGUCUCAGGUUGGUGACUAUCAGGCACAUGGGCCUGUUCUACUGCACAAUAUUUCCAUUGCCUUUUUGGUUUYUUAAACUAAUAUAUCAUUGUCUUAUGACACUAAAAAGCCAUGUUCUUAUAUCAGUGCACAACAACUAAAGGUUUUCUCUAAAUUUUCUUUGAUAUUUGAUAUUUUUGCAGCAUUGUUUUUGCUGCCAUGAUAACUCAGUGGGCGUUUUGUAUGGAGUAAAUUUGACAUAUUCCUGGAGCUGACUGGUUUUAAUUAUGAUUGUGGAGUUGUUGAUCGGAUUCUUGCCUAACAGAUGUGGUUUUGACAUUUUGCUGGCUGGCAUCUGUAUUUUGUGAACGUUUUGUUUGAAUAUUUGGCAGUGCUGGAUCCUCUGCUGUGAUGGACUGUAUCGUAAUGACAAUGGCUUCCUGUUCAUGGUAUUUGGAGUGGGCUAACAAACAAGUGGUUGAAUAAUGUUUUAUCAGUUUAAACAAAGUGUCGAUACAAAUAAAACAUUUUGUGUCUGAAAUGA